UAACUGAAGGUUACUCUGGUCAAUUAUCUGUCAGUUGUUAGAAUAUAGAUUGUACAAUUGAGAUGUAUUUUUUAAAUACCUAAAAAUAGAAUAAGUAUUUGUGUGGCAUGAAUUAUCAUAAAAACAAUCUCACCCACGUUUUUAGGUCAUAAACUAACCUCACUUUUUGUACAUAAACAAUGCCAGGCAAGGUGAAAGUAAAAAUUUCCUCUGGAAAGAAUUUACCAGUUAUGGAUAGAUCUAGCGACACCACUGAUGCGUAUGUAGAAAUAAAACUUGGAAGUACAACUUUUAAAACAGAUGUCUGUAGAAAAUCUUUACAUCCUCAAUGGAAUACAGACUGGUAUCGCUUUGAGGUUGAAGAUUCAGAGUUACAAGAUGAACCAUUACAAAUACGUUUAAUGGAUCAUGAUACAUAUUCAGCAAAUGAUGCUAUUGGCAAAGUUUAUUUGAAUUUGAAUCCAUUGCUACUUCCGGUUGAUGGUCCAGUAAUUAAAUAUGGUUUUAAUGGAGAUAGUUCAAUCCACCAUGAAAUAUCUGGUUGGCUGCCAGUUUAUGAUACAAUGCAUGGUAUAAGAGGUGAAGUGAACAUAACAGUAAAAGUUGAAUUGUUUUCAGACUUCAAUAGAUUUAGGCAGUCAUCAUGUGGAAUACAAUUUUUUUAUUCUCCAACUGUUCCCCAAGGCUACCAAGCAAAAUUGAUUCAUGGCUUUGUAGAAGAGUUAUUAGUGUAUGAUGAUCCAGAGUAUCAGUGGAUUGAUAAAAUACGUACUCCUAGAGCAUCAAAUGAAGCCAGACAAACCUUAUUUUUCAAACUAUCAGGAGAGCUCCAAAGAAAGAUAGGAGUAAAAACUAUAAGUUUGGGUGGAAAUGCAGUUAUAGGAUAUAAACAGAGUUAUGAUUUAGAAGGAGAAUCCGGAAUUGUAGCCAGAGGCAUAGGAACUGCUGUAACACUUAUAAAAUCAACUAAUAUCUGUAAUAGUGUUUUCAAUGGAGAAAGCAAAGAUGAGCAUGUUAAAGAUUACCUUGAAUUCGUUGGUGAUGGCAAAAGCUUUCGCUUAAGCAGCGCACCAAAAGUGUUUCCUUUUAUAUCCCCUCCUUCGUUUUCAAAACUACCAAAAUUGUCUGAAUUUACCUCUCCCAAAUAUAAACGUCUUUCAAAAAAACUGUAUUUUUCUAUAGAUUCAGGAAAUAUGAGGUCUACUCACUCUAUAGAGAACGUAUUUCAUACUUCUAUGGAAAAGCUACUCAAACAAGAAAAUGAACGAGGUAAACCUGUACCUAGUUUACCUAAGAAGCUUAGGAAUCUAAAAUAUUCUCAAAAUUCGUUGAGUAAAAAAAUGACUGCUUUGAAAUCCAAAUUGUCUGAAAGUAUUGGAGAAGAAAUUGAUGAAGAACCUGUAGUUCAUACAAAACAUAAAAGAUCUGAAAGUGAUUCUAGUUUUAUGGCCGAGAUGUUAGCUAGAUCUGUUAUUCAUGCUCAUAAUAGUUUGAGUUGUAUACUAGAAACUAAGAAUCAUCUAAUUGAAGAUGUUAAUGAAAAAUCAAGUAACUUUCUUAAUAAAACUGCUUCCGAACCUAUUAUGCUCUCUGAUGGAAGCAGUAGCGAAGGCCAUUAUUCCAGUUCAGACUCCACAACUUCAGAUUAUGAAGAGGAAAGUGAAAAAAAUGGAGAGAAGAGUCUUGAUACUAUCAGUAAUAUUAUCAAAGAUGUCGAAAGAUUACAGUUGAAAGAGAAACCAAGGUUAUUUAAACAGCACUCUUUACCAACUUUAGAAUUGAACAGACUAGGUUCAGUGAGUUCAGAUUUUAACACACAUAGCUUGCAAAAAAAAUGUUCAAUGUCUGAACUAUUCGAUACAGAAAAAUACAAUGAGAAAGAUAAUAAUGAUUCAGUGGAUAAAAAAAUAGAUAAUGAGAAAGAUAAUGAUUCAGUUGAGGAAGAAAUAGAUUCUGAUGAGCUAAAUGUGAAUGAAAAAAGUAGCCUGGAUCAAAAAGUAAUAUUUGAAAGUACCGAUAAAAGUAAUUCUCUUGAUGAGGAAGAAGAUUCAAUUGAACCUACAGUGUCAAUAAACUUUAAGGGUAUCAUUCCAGAAGCAAUAAAAAAUGUUAAAAUAAAAGAAAAAGGAUUAAUAAAAACUGCAGUACAAGCUUUAUUAUUAGACAAAGCAAAUCUUUUAGGAACUUACACUCCACCAAUGUCACCAUUGUGUAAAUCUGUGGAUUUUUCUAAAAUUAAAGUAAUUCCUAUGCAGACUACACAGCAGCGGCUGAAAAUGCCCAAAUCAGCGAGUUCUGUUUCUUUUAAGGAAUAUGUAAAGCAAAAAGAGACGGUUUUAGGCAUUUGUUUAACUGAAAUUGUAUCUACUGAAAUAUUUAAAAGAAGGCAGUCCCAACCAUGCUUAGCUAAAACAGAACUGUUGAGUCCUGCACAAUACUGUGAUCCAGUAAGAAAAAAAAACUAUUCAGAUAAUCAGUUAAAUAAACCUAUAGUAAAAAGUAUGUUAAAUGAAUCAUUACACAAGAAAAAAACCUAUCGAAGGUUUAAAAUAUUCACAACAAAGAAGAGUAUGUUAUCUUUAAUUCGAGAUCAUCGAGAACCACGUCUGAGAUCAUACAGUACAAGUUCAGACAGAAAACCUAAAGGUAGCCUCUUAUUUCGAAUCUUUAGCCAACGAAAGUCAAAACAACUUUCAACUUCCCCUAAUAUUCCAACUCCAAACUAUUUAACAUGUAUUAACGAUUCUUCCAACGAUUUGCCUGACAAUACACAAAUUGAAGGCAAUAUUUGUAGCAAUACUAAGCAUGCAUGCAUAACCCCAAACAGGCAUAACAUAUCACCACAACCAGAACAAAUUGGAGGUAACAAUUGUCAACAUAACUUAGACCAGAGGAAGAACGACCAGUCGCCAUCUAGAACCAAUAACUUUGCUCAAAGAAGAUCAUCAGAUUCCGAUUUAAGCACCACUCCAAAAGGAAAUAGUCUUACAAAUAGUGAUAAAUCGGGAGGGCCUACUACCAGUUCAUGCUUGAAGAAUAAUAUAACUAUGCGGUCUCAAAUACAUCAAGAAAAUUUUGAUAUGUUGGAGUAUCCAUUCCUCACGGUCAUGAAAUUCCCAGUUGAUUUUAUAGCUCAAAUAGGUGGCGCAGUAUGUGCGAGAUCUGUGAAAAGAUUAGAAACCAUAAGAAACAUCGAAGAACCUGAGUCUCGAGACACUUGGUGGUCAGAAUUGCGGAUGGAAAUAAGGUCACACGCUAGAAGUUUAAAUUGCAAUGCCGUUUUGGGUUAUUCAGAAUCCACUAGUAUUUGCGAUGACAUAUGCAUCUUAAGUGCUUCUGGUACAGCAGUUAUUAUCAAUUUUCACAGAGGUGAUGAUAUUGAUGAAUAUGUGGCACUAUUAAAGCAAAAUAUAAAUCUAAACCCAAGCUCUGUCCCAAACGAUACUUCAAGUGUAUCAUCUUAUGAUAAAGACAAACAAAAAACGGAUGGUCUUUCAAGCAAUAAACAUUGUGAUAGUCCAGAACAUAUUAACAAUGGCAAUAGUAUAUGUUCAGUUACCCAUUUGCCUUAUAAUAGUAGUAAUAUCCCUCUUAAAACAGCGUUAGCAAAGUGUUCAAUCUGUAGAAAAGGAAAAGUUCCUGAAGUUAUCAUUGCUACCAUAGAGCCUUCUGAUGGUUUGCCAAGCACAGGUAGAGGUUGUUUUAUUGAAUCUUAUGUCUGCCGUCCACUUAAAGACUUAAAAUGUGAAUGGAUUGCCAAAGAAAUAUCUGAUGGUUUGCCUUUUCUAGAAUAUGAACUCCAUAGGUUGUUAGUUAAUAAAUUGAAAAUAAAGGGUAUGAAUGCAAUAUUUGGUCUAAAGUUUAGAAUAACUGUUGGAGAAAAAAUGAUGAUUGCUACUGCUGCUGGAACUGCAAUAUAUUUGUCCUCUUUACCUAGUCCAUCUGUUCCUAAGCUAGUCUCAGAUGAAAAUUCCGAUGAUGCCAAAUUGGUUUUGUUACAGAGACAAUUAAAUGAGACUGUUAAGAAGAAUAGAGAAAUCUAUCAAAUUGAGGAUCGACUUGACAGCUGCCGUGUUUGGUCAGAUGAUGAAUCAGAAGAAGAAGCAACUUCGUUAGACUUAUCAUCUGGAAGUAAAGACUGUUGUGUCUUAGAAGUUGACGAUCCGAAAGAUGAAGAAGUCCUUUUUUCCUUAAUGAAAGAGCGACCUCCUGAUGGUUUUCACGUAGUUAAUACAGAAAAUAUUCCUGGGCUUGAUGAUUUGGAAAUAGUUAAAAACUUGCAAAUGUUUACACAAAUUCGCAGAUUCAAAUUUCACUCUAAUCUUAAUAUUGACGAAUAUUUUACGAAAUUAUUGCAGAGCGUAUAUUUCAAGUUAAGAAGGAUGGUUCCAUGUGCUUUGUGCAAUAUACAGUUCAGAUGUGAUAUUCCAGAACCUGAUGAAGUGCAGCUAUUAGUUUUUGGUAUGGCUUUGGGCUUGGGAAAAACAUCUAAAGAAGUUAAAUCGGUGUUACCAAAACGCAACGAAGAUGACAUGAUUUUCAAAUUAGAUGAAGAUAAUAUUCCUGAAAAUGCAAUAUCUGGCAGUAAAAGUGGACGAUAUACUAAACAGAGAUCUUCUUCCAGGUACAAGUCACUUAAACAAAGACAUACGCCACAAAAAGAAAUACAUGGAGUUGAUAUAACGCCUUUGUCCUACGUACCUGGUGCCAGUAUUGAUAAAUAUUUAGGAAACAUUAAUUUCUUUUUUAUAAGAGAAACAACUUCUAUUAGGGAGGAAGGAGGCCUCAGUGGAUUUCUUCACAGUUUUGUUACCGAGGUGCUAGCAAUAGUUCGAGCUCAUGUGUCAGCUUUAGGCGGAAAUGCUUUAGUAGCUUUCUUUUUGACUGAAUUGUUUUUACAUCAUAAUUUUCAUAAAAAUCAGGGACAAUGUCUUAUCAAUGUAGGUGGUGAUGUCGUCUCAGUAACGUACCAGAAAGGAGAUUCUUAAUAAAUUCGACUACUUAUGUAUUGUUCAUUAUUUUUUUUUACUUUAUUGUUGCUUAUUUAUAUACUUCUGUUAUUUAUUGAAUGGAAUACAAAACUGUUUUUAUGUCUUCUUAAAUAUGUAUAUAGAUAUUGUAUAUAUGUACGUACCAAAAUAUUGUUAUUCUGUUCAAACUAGCAGCAAUUGGAAAAUUAGUUUUUUCCUCCAACAAGUCUAUGUAUAAUUGAUUCAGUGAUUUGAAUUGAAAAUCCUUACUCUAGUCCAUAAUUAUAACUGUAAUUAUCAAGAAGAAUUGAGCUUUAUGCAUACUGAUAAUAUUUGAAAUUGUCUUUUUAACCUUUGUAUUUUCGAUUGCUGUACUUUUCCCACUGUGUAGGUUUGUAUAUCUGGGAGCCAAAAUGUAAAUAUUUUGAGUCACUAAUUUUUGUUCUUUAUAAAAAAUCAAUCACUGAAGGUAUUUUAUCAUCGAAAAUUGCAAGUAAAAUACAAGAAAAACGUUUGAACAGGUAAGUUCAUAAAGAAUAGAUCGUUAUACAAUAACAUAUUGAAACUUCAUAAAAUGCUUGGGCAACUUAGUUACAUUCAGUGAUCUCUGCGCAUGUUUGGAAUAAUUGUUUAAUAGAGAAUCCAUAUUUCCAAAUUGCUGCAAACCUCAAUAACUCCCUAGUUCAGGUUCUAACUAGUAAGCAACGACCAUCAAUUUGAAAAUCAGUGUGCAAGUUACAAUUGAAGCAUAUAUUUGAAAUUAUCUUCACAUUUUGAUGUUUCUUAGAUUGUUGAUAAAGUUAAUGCUCUUUUCUAGAAACCCUAGAUAUAUAUAGUAAUAGAUCCAAACUAAACUAUUUUAAUGUUUGUCCAUUCAUUUUCUGUUAACCUUUAUAAAUUAUCAUAUUCAUCAUAAUGUGUUUUUAAGAUAAUAUGAAUCUUCAUAUAAUUUCUGCAAAUAGAAUGAUUAUAUAUUUCGUUCAAAUUAAUUAAUAUAAGUAAAUUUCAAAUUUCUUAGUAUAUUUAUAUAAAGAUAUAUACAAUGUUAUAUUUCGACAAUAAUUUCAUUCUCUAAUGAUGAAUACGUAGUUAUUGGGAGCUUGGAAUACAUAUUCAAAAGAAUAGACUUUAUUUAUUAUUAUGAGACUGGAAUUUAAGCACCAAAGAGUGAAUUUGUAUUGGUUACAUUAUGAAUGAGAUUAAAGUUUAAGUGUAAACUUCGUUUCAAAACACAAAAAUUUUGACGUUUCGAUCUGUUGCACUCUUUUAUAAUUAUAUUAAUCAAUAUAUUACUACAACAUGAAUAACAUAAUGAGUCGCAGCAAUUAUAUAAAUGAAAUUCCUUGGGUAUGAAUAGAUCAAAAGCAAUAACCUAUUCUUCACAAUUGAUAAUAACAAAUAUUUAUUUAUAUUGGAACAAAUGUGAAUUUAUAUUUUAUUAUACAUAUAAAUGAAACUUUGUUCUUCCACUGAUUAAUGUAUAAAAUCAAUUUUGUUUACAAAAUAGAAUGGAGAUUGAAACAUAGUCAAGUAUCAACAGGAAUGUAUUUCCGUAAUGUAAUGUUUAUAUUGAGGGAGUGAAUUGAUAGUCACUAAUGACUGAUAAGUUUUACAUUAGCAGCUAUGUUUUGAGUAUUUAGAAUUUAGAUGAUAUCGUAUGUUAAUUUUUCUCGACUGUUUCUUGAAUGUGGAUAUUAUUAGUGAAAAUAUAUAUUUGUUUAUAGAUUGUCAUGUUAUAAAUAAUUUUCCAAAAAAAUUUGCAGAAAUUACUUGAAAUAUUUUUCAUUACGAUUAAAUGGUUUUUAGAGGUUUUGUCCAUAUUCACAAUAUAAUAACAUUUGUGUUACUCAUUAAUUGAUUUCUUUCUGUUUUCAACUUGUGUGGUUUUUAUAUUGUGUGGCACAGAUUCUUCAAAGAUAGCUAUAUUAUUCAUAAAUAUUUUCUAAACUUGCGGCAGCUGAUAUGAUGUGCCUUAUUUCCUCGCAGAUUAGGUUUUUCAAUCGAUCAAAAAAUGUACUUAAUAUACUAAUGAUAGAUUUGAUUUUUGUUGAAGUCUUUUUUAUGUGCUAUAAUAUAAUUUUUUGUUUUAGUUGAGAGUUAAAAAAUUUCUUUUGAUAGUUUAAAUGUUUUUGUAUAUAUGCUGUCAUUACUACUAUGAAACUUUUUUGUUUAAAUUGCUCAAAAUUUCACAAUAAAUUAUGGUGUUUUGAA